AGAGCAUCAAGUCACCAGUAGAAGCUCCACCAUCAUCACACUGAACGUACGAGAGACACAAGGAGACUAUAUUCCUCUAAAAUCAUGGAUGGGACAAAGCCGGCCAUGGAGUCCAACGCGGACGAGACUCCGGAGGAGGGACAGGAGAGCAAAGGAUGCUUCGAGUGCUGCAUCAAGUGUCUCGGCGGGGUGCCCUACGCCUCCCUCGUGGCCACCAUCCUGUGCUUCUCAGGCGUGGCCCUGUUCUGCGGCUGCGGCCACGUGGCGCUGACCGGCACCCUGACCAUGCUGGAGAACCACUUCUCCACCGUGACCACCGACCACGCCACCCUCGCCCUGGUGAUCCAAAUCUUUCAGUACAUCAUCUACGGCGUCGCCUCCUUCUUCUUCGUCUACGCCAUCCUGCUGCUGGCCGAGGGCUUCUACACCACCAGCGCCAUCAAGAAGGAGCUGCAGAGCGACUUCAAGACCUCCGCCUGCGGACGCUGCAUCACCGCCUUCUUCCUGUUCCUGACCUACAUCCUGUUCCUGGCCUUCCUCGCCAUCUUCGGCUUCACGGCGAUCCCGGUCUUCCUCUUCUUCAACAUGUGGAGCACCUGCGCUGCCAUGAGGUCUCCUGACGCCAACAUCACCGUGCCCGACUCCAUCUGUGUGGACGUCAGGCAGUAUGGUAUUAUUCCCUGGAACGCCUCUCCGGGAAAAGCUUGUGGAGCGACGCUCGGAGACAUCUGUAACACGAGUGAGUUCUACCUGUCUUACCACCUCUACAUCGUCGCUCUGGCCGGCGCCGGAGCCACCGUCAUCGCACUGGUCCACUACCUGAUGAUCUUGGCGGCCAACUGGGCCUACCUGAAGAGCGCCGUGUCCACGCACGAGUACCAGGACAUCAAGACCAAGGACGACGCGGACCUGGAGGCCGAGGCGCGCUCCAAGGAGGGCCAGAACUCCUCCUCCUACUCAUAAGGAUGAGAGGCCGCUCUCCCGCCGCCACCCACCUCCCCUCCACACCUCCAACCCUCACCCCACCACACCCGCCACCCCCCCCACCCCCCCGUCUGUUGAAACAAACCACCUCGGUCGUGUUUGAUAGUCCCCCGGCCCGAUGAUGCUCCAUCCUCCUCCCCUCCUCCACCAUGUUUAUUGAGCGCUGUGGGAGCGUACAUGCACCGGAGGGGAAGAGGAUGGAGGAUCUGGAGAAGCGGCCGGCCCCCCGAUGGAGGCAGAGGUUCCCGAACAGGGGCGCUCGCCCACCGGGGUCCUUGCUCAGCUACAGUACAUCGGUUCAGAAGCGUCCCCCCCCCCCCCCCCCGUGCUGCAGGGCGGCGGCGGCUCGUGAACAUGGCCCGGCUGUGACGGCCUCGCGCCCUGAGCCAGCACAGCCUCUCCACACAGCCUAAAAAAAAACAUUGUUCACUGUCUGCUUCGGCCACAGAGAAGCCGGGCAGCGACCAACUUCCUCCAUUUUAUUUUGGUGUUUUAUAUGCAUAUAUAUAUGAAUAUGAAUAUAUUGUGCGAAUGUGUAUGAAUGUUGUUUUUUUUAAUACUCUGAAAAGUAUGCCAGGUACUCUAACAACCUUUCUUUUCUUCUUUUUACGUUUUGGCGCUCAUAGGUUUUUCUCUCCUUUACUUUUCUUCUCCAUCUUUAACUUUCUAUUUCUAAUGCUUGAUACGUGUUGCACUAUUUAAGAGACAAAAAAAAUGAGGAGAGUGAAAAAUCCCCUUAAAACACAAAGCACCCCCAGCCCCCCCCCC